AUGUGCACACCGAAGCGAGGAGACAAAACUUUCGUGAGGGGCAUAUCGCGCAAGUCUGCUGCUCGAUGUUCGGACCUGAAGCCUCUGAUGCACGGUGAAGAGCCUGCGCAAGGUGGACAUCCAAGAGCAGCUCCAUUGAGGAAUUCAAAAAGAAAGUUGGUAACGUCGUUUCUGUUGAAAGCCGCAGCGUUUUUGGUAGUGGUCUCAAGCUUGCCUCCAGAGGCGCAUUGCCAGACGCUGGGGAGGAUCGGAAUUCUUGGCGGCUACCGUAUGGCAGAGGCAUUGAGGCAGAAGUACAUGACAUGCCUCAUUUUGUCCUUUUACGGACUGAGCAAAGAUCCAUCAACUUACCUGACCCAGACCUUGGGGAACGACUUUCCGGUUGAGAACGCCGAGCUGCACCACAAUCUCACGGUCGAGACGCCGAAUCUGCUCCAGUCAGAUGGAUUCGAGGGGAAGGCCAAGUUCGGUGACGACAAGACUUUGACCAUUAAAGCCGCCAGGUACUACUGCCGAUGCCUUGAUCCCAACUGCGUCACGAGUCGAGCGCUGCUCAAGCGCGGAGGCUCCGAUCAGUGCCUCAUGUUGGUUAACGCGUCGGACCCUUCUAUUGCUCUUAACUGCGGAGACUUCCUUUCCUUUGUGGACCCCAUGAGGGUCGAGGCAGAAGAACACCUUCCGAAUCUCCCCCUCGACAGGGUCUUCCUGAACGACUCCAGACAGCAGGCUUUUCUUAACGACAUUCCAGAGGAGACGCUGGACAAAGAGGUCAACAAGGAAGUGCACGGGCUGGUAAGAGCGCUGAGAAGCCGGGAAAGCGGGCAGGUGCUCGAUUUCCUGACGCAGGAGUACCAGUGGCGAAGGCUCGCGGCUGAGGAAGACCCGGCUGCCCUGGCAGCUGGGCUGAAAAAUUUUCAAGGUUUCGCGAGAAGGACGGUUUUGGACCCGACGAAGCUGGACGGCAACAGUGGGAUAUGGGUGUAUCGUCGAAAUCGAACAGACGGCAUAAUCAUCGCCACCGUGAAUGGUACCAUCGUCUAUCCCGAAUUGACAGCAGCCAACACUGAGGAGCUGACGCAGCUGUUGUCGCCCUAUGCGCAGAGCAACAUCUCAUUCUCGGGGAGUCAGAGCCUUGUUGACGCACAAGACGCCCAGAGUUGCUUCGCCAUUGGCCCAGACUUUGUGGCGUUUGACAGGAACGAGACGCUGUACAAGUUGGUGGCGGAGGUGAAUGAGAAUGGCGAAAGCCUGUCGUGCUUGGAGGAGGGCUUGUCCCAAGAGAUAUUGGUUGGAGUGAGCGGGGCCAACAGACUUGGCAGGACGAUCGACAUUGCGGAGGUGGCGUUGCCGACGCUUGAGACAGAGGUUGCCAUUGCAGAUCGCGAGGCGCCUGUCCCGGCCAGCCGCAUUGAAAUCGCCCUGGUGAUCCUGGCGGCUACGCUCACCUUGGUGACAGAUCCUAUCACUUCGGUUACGGAGCUUUUCAUACGCAGAGUGCGGAGAGCGAAUAGGUGGCUCGCGGAGCGGAUGGUUCGGGUUGCAGGAAGUUUGGGAAACACUGCUAACCACUGCAGCGGGCGGUGCGGCUGUGUUGCAGAUUGCAUGGGCCAGGGCGCAUGCACAACGUGCCUCGGCAAAGUGGGAAGGGCCAUUCUUGCAGCGUUGGUCAUCGUGCUGCCGGACUUCAUAGGUUUCUGGUUCCCGUUCGUCCCUCUUAUUGUGCUGCUAGUGAAUGAAUUUAAAGUCAACUCAUGGAGCCAUACGACAUAUGACGUGAACGUCAUGCGUAUCAGGCAGCCGGCGUCCAACAGCACCAUUUUGGUGAACACAGCAAUAACAGUAACUACAGAGCAGAACUCCUUAAUCUUGAAGCUUGUUUUGGUUCUGGCGGCACUCAUUCUUGCCAUUGCGCUGGCACUCCACUGGAGGAAGAUCCAGAGGUGGAUACUAGUAUCGUGGAGAACGUGUGCCGGGCGUGACAUUGCAAAGCUGCAGCUUGGGCAGAGCUCUCGUGACGGGGACUGGUUUGACAAGUGGCUUUGGUCCAUGCUGUGCGACAACUGCAAGGAUUUGGUACAGAAUCCAGAAGAAGAAAUCCAGAAGAUGAGCGAAAGGUACACAGUGUAG